CACACCAAGACGACUGAGGGACUCUGGUGUAAUAUGUUUAGCGGAUGUCAUUAUACUGCAUAUUCCCAUGUGAGAAGUUGCAGGGCUGAAUCGUUUUCGAAGAAAAUGGAUUUAAAGAGGCGACUUUACUAUCGGGUGUAUUUCAUCCUGCUUUUUGUUUGGGGAAACAUUUCGACUGCAGCACAUCUCUCUGGUGUUGAGAAUGAAACCAGUUUAAAUCUUGACUGUUCCAAUGACGGCAAGAAUUUGAUGUUUUGCCACUUCCAGUCACUAUUUGAGAAGCAGAGCUGCACUGAAUAUAACUUGACUAUCAGUUACAAACUGCAGGAGAAGAGUUGCAUCUUCCAGCAGUGUGACAUUGGAUGUUGUUGCUCUCUCGAAUUGCUGUUUGUUUUGGGGGAGAUUCAUACAGCAAAUGUUUCGAAAGGGGGAACAACUGUGGUGUCCAAAAACAUCGACAUCAUAAAAAGCAUAAAGCCCAGGGUCCCAACAAUCUCAGUAGAGGAAAUCAAUGGAAAUUUUCAAGUUACAUGGGAUACAAACAUGUCAAAAAGUUUCAGAGACUACAUGAAUAUUAUCGUGACUUACCAUAAAAAAGGAGACUCAAAAGAGCAGGUAUCUCGUACAGUUAAAGCCCUGAGUUCCUAUGAAAUACGAGGUCAAGACUUGGAGCCAAGUACAACAUAUGUGGUCAGUGUGAAAAGCAACAUAAAUUUGAGUGGCCUGUUCAGUGACAGUAGCAAGGAGUUGGAAUUUACAACCUCUGCGUCCCGUCACGCCCUGCUCUCGGCUGUCAUCAUCUGCCUCAGUAUUGCUGCAGUCAUCAUCACCAGUGUUGCACUAGGCUGUUUUGAAAUAUUAAAAGCAAAGUGGCGGGAUACACUUUCCAAAUGUCCAAAUCCAGAACUUUUAGACAUACAUCCAGGCGAACAAAAGGUUGAUGGCAUCACUGACAGAAAGCAGCAGUGGGAUGAGUACCGACUUCUCUUCUGCCAUUAUAGAACCUGCUGACAUCAAGGCCGGCGUUCAAGAUGCCCUCAGUAAAGCCUUCGCCCACAUUGGUCCAAGAUCGUCAGUGACUGCCUCUCUGCUCACAGAAUCAAACAAAGACAGUGGUUUGCUCUCCGCUACCUACAAUCCUUGUGUCACAGCUGAUGACUUAAAGAAUUCUCUUCAAUCCACUGACUUUGACAACAUGACCUAUUCGAUACGCAUUCCCAGCUGUCAGAUAAUGAUUAAUAAUUCUGAGAUGUUUUGUGACUCUGCGUACCAUCCCAGUGAAGGUGACAUGAUGACCUGUCCUGUCAAGCAAGCACCAGUUUGUCCGGAUCCUGUACAACAAAAUAUCAUUUUACCAGCAGUGGUUUCAUCUCUUAUGCCAACAGACAUGUCGUAUCAGUGCAGUCCUGACAAGCAAGUACCAGUCCAGGAUGGUCAAUGUCUCUCUGAUGACCAAAGACCUUUUCUCUCUUUCAUAUCUGCUAACCUGUCUAUACCAAUAAUCACAGACAGUGACUAUCACAGUGUGUAGUAUUGAGUCAUUUUUAGGGAAAUUCUGCUUUAAUACACAAAUCUGUAACAUGACUGUUUUCAAGACUGUUUUAUAAAUUCUUCUACUCUCAGUAAUCUGCUUUGCACCUUAUGAACAGUUAAUUUUAUAACUGUGUGCAAUGUUUUGACUUCUUGGCUACUUUUGAUGUGAAAAGUACAUAAUGUUUUUUUUUAAAUUAUUUAUUAUAACUGCUUCACAUGACAACAUGUGGAGCAGUUAAUCUGUCAUGUUUUACUGUAACUCUGCUUCCAUCUGUUGAUCUGAAAAUGAAUUCUUAAAUGAUUAAUGAAUCAUUGACAUGAUUAUCUUGUAUAAAUUGCUAAAAUAAAAUAAAAUAAAAAAUUAUUUAAAGCAGGGGUUUUCAAGGUUUUCAGGUGGUCAAUUCAUGAUUGAUAUUUAAUCCCAUAGACAAUCACCAAUUGAGCCAAGAUAGAUUGAUAUUGCUGUUCGACAUACUUCAGACUACAGCAAAUACAUAUAAAAGUUCUGUCUGAAGGCAUUUAUUAGUUUCUGACUCUGGGAAAGUGAAAUAAAUAAAAUUCCCCAAAACUACUGUAUCUCUGAACUAUUGCUUUAAUCAAAUCACACACAUUUAGGCUAUUCUAUGUGAUCACCUUCUGAUAACUCAUGUAAUAACUAAUGUCAUAUUUUUUCAUUUCCGUUCACUGAGCCUCCCCUGAAAUGGUUUUUUAGCCCCCCUGGGGCGGCCCACCUCCUGCUAUGAAAACCUCUGAUUUAAAUCUUUGAGACUGUAGAAAUCCUACAGUAUGAAUUCAGCUGUUAACAUGAUAUCAUGACAAAUACACUUAUUUUAUAUUCAUCAAAUAUGUUUGGAUAAAUUCAUGUGUAAUGUCACAAAAAUGUUACUAUUUACUGGGGACUAAUACUUCUUUUUAAAUCUUUGAAUACCUAACAAAUACUUAACCUUGCCUAAAGGAAGUGUAAAGACAGAUCAGAGGUAUGAAACAUCUAUUUAAUACCAGGCAAUAUUACAAUUUGUUAUUUCUGACACUGGUUUUGAGCAGAGUACUGUUUUUGUAAUGUGAAAGCUGCUGUGUUCUUGCCAGUUUCACCCACUGACACUGGUUUUGAGUAAUGGGUAUGGUCAA